CAGGUGCUGGACAGCUGUGGCCUGCUUCUUCCCGCCUGCCUCCCAUCUGGUUCUAUAUCUGUGUGGUGUUGCACUGCCGUGGGCAAAGCUUGGUAGUUGGGUGAUGACACGUGUUAUAAAUAUGAGUGUGAGGACACUGUGCCAGCACAGCUUAGCUGACACGCCGCUGAACCCGGCGCCUCCCGCCUGCACAGCCGCCUCCGCCGUGCUCGUCCUGCCAACUGAUAUAAUCCUGAGCAGGCGCCGUCCCCGGGCCGUACUGACAAUCGCAGAGAAGCGCUGCGGGCCUACUGCGCAGAGCGGGACACGGCCAGCAGCACCCCGACACGUGCGUAGGGCCGCGCGCCGGCGCGGGUCUGUGCGGGGCCGGGAGCAGCGUGGCACGUGGCGCUGUUGACAGAUCAGUGCCCAUUGGUGGAUUCGGAGCGGGCGGGGCCGAGACAGCGGUUUGCCCUGCCCGGCGCUGGCAGGUGGCUACACGGGCGGGCAUUGCCCCUUUAAGGACACUCCCUCCUCCCUGUUGCCCCUUUAAGAGCCGCCCGUCGCUGCUCCUCCCCCUCCCGCGCGUGUUUCGCUCUGCGAAGCGACCACCGGCACCGCUGGCAGGAGACACGGAGCGCGCAGGCCCCAGAGCAGCGCGAGGCGCGGGGAGCUCGGCGGAGACGGGGCCUCCUGCCCUGGCGGCCGCUUGGGUCGCAGCCGCCGGGCCCCGCAUCCAGGCGGGCAGCGGCAGCAGCCGCGGGGCUGGGGCCCCCGGCAUGUCCUGAGCGGGGCCGGCUCGGCGCGGAGCCCCCACCACGGAGGGGGCGGUGGAGCAGCGGGGCAAGGGCCGGGCCCCCAUGAAGGAGAAGGAGCCGCCGGCGGAGCGGGGCAAGCCCGCCACCUACACCGGGGACAAGAAGGCGCGGAUGGCGGCCAAGACCAACAAGAAGUGGGUGCGCCUGGCCACGGUGCUGGCCUACGUGCUCUCCGUCUCGCUGGCCGCCAUCGUGCUCGCCGUCUACUACAGCCUCAUCUGGCAGCCGGUGCGGGGCGGCGCCGCGCCCCAGGCGCGCCCGCCGACAGGGCCCAGCGCCGCCGGCCGGACGACGCCCGGGCCCGGCACCGAGCUGUCUACACGGCCGGGUUCCGGCCAAGGGGCGGCCGGGACUGAGCGCGCUGCCACCUCGUCAGCGCCGCCGCCAUCGCCAGGGGGUGAGCCCGGCCCAGCCCCCGACCCCACCGUGCUGCAACGGGUGCAUCAGAGCCACUGAUCGCGGGGGCCGAGCUCGGGACACGGCGCAGCCCAGAGACCCCACCCGGACAGGGGCACAGCGGCUCCCUCUGCCAGCUACCGGCCUUCACCGACCCUGACUCGGCUUCGCCUCCGCCCCCGCCCGGGGGCCGCGGGACCCUCGUUCCGGCGUCUGCUCCUUGCGGACAGUGGCACGGACACGCAGCCAGAUGCUCUGUCUGCCCUGCUUGCCCGUCCAUCGGGUUGCGCUGGACUCGGUCACAGCGAAUUGUAAUUAUUAGUUUUAAUACGGUGUAAACGGGACUGGGACGCCACAGAGAGUGGAGCUCAGGUAUGUCAGCCUCGCUGAAAUGUACCCAGAUGCAUUCCGUUUAUAUCAGUGUAUGUAUUUGUAGAUACUCAGAGGAGAACUGUAUAGAAGUGAGAUACAUGCUAUGUAAACUACACAGUGAGCACACCCUGACUGGUUUUAAAGGGCUAUCGCAGGAAACCAAGUUCGAAAGUUGCAAUGAUCCUGGUGGCUAAAGGAUGCCUAAAGCCAUACAGAGCCCAUCAGAACAGUGCAUGUGACCCCCAGCUUUACUAACUUUUCUUUUAGUAAAGACAAGUCCAUGCUGUGUUGGAUUUCUAGGCUGAAGGAGGGAAAGAGUGCAGCUUAUUCUAUUUUAUUUGCUAUGCUCAUCAAGAGUGGUUCUAGAGGGCUGCCGCCUUCUGAUUAGCACCUCCAGAUCUAUGGUUUUGGGUCUCCUUGUAUGCUUCAGUAGAGCCUGGUUUAGAUUAGGGGACAAGGUGGGUUUUUUCCAUUCCAGCUAGAAUACUUCAAUUGAAAACCCUAUUUAACACAAAUUUAGACAUAUUGACUUGUGACUACAUCUACUUUUGAUCCUGGUAAAAACAAUGAAUUGUACAGCGGUGUCUGCAUUUGAGUUAAGUAGGGUUUUCAAUCAGUUUCCUAGCUUGGUGUUUUUUUUUUUUUCUUCAUGGCACCUUUUCCCUUAAUUUAGGCAUGGCUUAGGGAACUUUAACCCUAGAGGCAAACAUGAGUGGUGAGCAUGGAAAGAGAACACUUAUACCAAUAGAAUCUUAACUAGUAUUUAGUCUUUCCCUCAAGAGAAUUCUGUGGCUUAAUAUUCCCCAUCACCAGGGUCAGCUUUUCCCUUUGACUCUCUGUUGCUGCUCUGUUCUAUUUAUGCCACUCCGUUACCUGUGAAAUGAUACUAGUGUUCACAUUUUUCACCACUUAUAGGAUCAACUGGGAACAGAAUAUGAAUUUAGAAGCUGUGUUCCAUUGUUUUGGAAAAAUAGCUUUGUUUACUAACGAACAAACUUAUUUAAAACAUGUGAAAGGUAAAUUGACUUGUUUACUAUAUUAAAAUAUUUUUUGCAUAUGAAAA